CGCUCCCAAUCAGCCCGCUCGAGCCUCGCUGAGGCGGAGUCGGGCUCGCGCGUGGCCCACAGCUGGGAGGGGAGGCGCGGGCGGCAUGAUCGGGACCGUGCUCUGUUACGUGCUGCUGCCCGUGGCGCGGCUCCUGCGGGCUUUCCGAGAUGCUUUCUUUACAUGUCGAAAGAACGUGCUUCUGGCGAAGAGCACGACCACCCAUAUAGAUGGUCUAUCUGCUCCCAUCAGUGGGAAGCCUGUCUCAGAGGAGCAGCAAGCCCUGCUGCAGCAGUGGCUGGAGGAAGGUGCUGGUGAGGUCCAUGCCAGUGAGAGUGCUUCAAAACCAGAGAAGGUGCCCACGAUAUCAGAUGCUGAGUGGCUGGAAGGCCCAGAGCUACUGAUGACAAGCUUAAGCGACCUGAAUGUACCACCACAAUCUGGUGGCCAGGAGCAGCUGCCAAAUGAGGUCCAGAUUGAGACGUCUCCUGGACUACAGGAAUUUGUAGAAGUGACAGGAAGUUUACCCGCAGAAGAAAGGGAGGCCUUAGGUGACAAUGCUUUAUGGGCAGCAGUAAGGACACAGGCUGAUCUUCAGAUGGUUGAAGCUGCUCCUCUGUCUACAGAAGUGUGGAUUGAAGACCCUGCAGUGUUAGCCUGGAGUCCUGCCCAGGAGACAGAUGUGGGACCAACAGAGGGAGCAGUAUGGCCUUUUCAGAAUGCUGGUCAGUUUCAGCCACUCCCACUAGAGAUACCUUAUCAUGAAAUUCUGUGGAGGGACUGGGAAGAUCUUUAUGCUCAGGCUUGCAUCCCAGAGUUGAGCUCAGAGGCUGGUUCUUUAUUUGAAUUCAGAGUCAUGUCGUAUAACAUUCUGGCCCAGGACCUGAUAGAACAGAGCCCUCAUCUUUACAUGCAUUGCCAUCCAGACAUUAUGAACUGGAGCUAUCGCUUUACAAAUCUCUUACAGGAGAUCCAGCACUGGGAUCCUGAAAUUCUUUGUCUCCAAGAAGUUCAGGAGAAUCACUAUUGGGAACAGCUGGAACCAACACUUACGAUGAUGGGCUUUGCCUGCAUCUACAAGCGGAGGACAGGCAGGAAGACAGAUGGUUGUGCAAUCUGCUACAAGCAAAACAAGUUUCAGUUGAUAAGUGCUAGUCCUGUUGAAUACUUUCGGCCUGGUUUGGACAUCCUCAACAGGGACAAUGUGGGUCUGGUAUUAUUGCUACAACCUUUACUCCCAGAGAGCUUGGGAGACAAAUCAGUCAGCCCCUUGUGUGUGGCAAACACUCAUGUGUUGUAUAAUCCCCGUCGGGGCGAUAUCAAACUGGCUCAGAUGGCUCUGCUCCUAGCCGAGGUAGACAAGACUGCAAAAAUGGCUGAUGGCAAUUACUGCCCUAUUAUCUUAUGUGGUGACCUGAACUCUGUGCCUGACUCACCACUAUACAAGUUCAUUCGGAAUGGCCAGUUGUACUACCAUGGAAUGCCAGCCUGGAAGGUGUCUGGACAGGAAGACUUCUGUCAGAACCCACACCAGAGGAAACUGCUGACUCCCCUGUGGCCCAGCUCUCUGGGGAUUACAGACAGCUGCCAGUAUGUCAGUCUUUGCCAAAGCAAGAAGUCAGACAGGCGCAAAUACAGCCGUGACUUCCUGCUUCAGUUCCGUUAUUGUGAUGUUGCAUGUGAGCGACCUGCAGAUCUGAUCCUGUUGGAAGGUGUGACGGAUGCCAUGCCAGACCGUCCUGCACAUUGGCCUAAGGAACUCACUGUAGUGAACAACUCUGAUCCAGAUCUGUGUUACUCAAGGUAUCCAGGAAGUAUCCAGCAUGGCCUCAACCUGACUUCUGCCUACAGCCACUUCCUGCCUGAGAGAGGUUGCCCUGAGAUUACAACCAUGCCAAUGGGUGUCGGGGCCACAGUGGAUUACAUCUUCUAUUCAGCAAAGCCUGUCAAGAGUGAUAAUGAAGAAUGUCGCAGGAUGUACCAAGAUGGAGCCCUAAAGCUGCUUGGCCAUCUCUCCCUCCUCUCUGAAGACAUCCUUUGGUCAGCAAAUGGCUUGCCAAACCCUUUCUGUUCAUCUGAUCAUCUUUGUCUGCUGGCCAGCUUUGGCCUACAGAUCUCUGACUUCUGAUCAUGUGCCAGAUCACUAGGACUCUCGCAAGAGUUGGUCUGAAUGGGAAAAUCAUGCCGUUGAAGUUUACAUUAGCUAUCUUUAAAAAAAGCAAAAGCUAUUUAUCUUCCCCACCCUCACCCCUCCCCUUUUUGAGAAGUCCUUGUUCGUUUCUCCCACACUUCUUUUUUCAUGAGGAAAUAACUUGAGUUCACCCAGAAUGCUACAGUGCUCCACUGCCAGUUUAUGGCUGCUGCACCAGCUUUUUUUUUCUCUUUUAACAAAGUGUAUCCCGCCAGCGAAUUAGCAGAUUU